AUGAAGCCAAACACGAAAUUCUUGACCCCCACCACGAAUCGUAUGGACUUCUUUACGUCAUCUCAUUUCUUUCCAGGACCAACGAGGAUUCCUCCUCUUGCUGAAGAGCAGAAGCUGGAAGAGUCCAAUACUUGUGGUUGUGGGCCAAAAUCACCCGAACAUGAGCCUGAGACGAGUCCUGUGUUCCAACAAUUCACCGCCUCUGUGGUUUUGGAUUGUACGGUUUCUUGGGCUACAGUUGCAAACAGAUACACCCCAUGUGGGUGGCAUGAAAUCACAGAAGAUUCUGCCGAUGAGGAAACGAAAGGAGAGGAUGUUCAACAGUUUCCAUCAUGA